AUGGUCCGAAAUAAGGACGGGGACGGCAUAAAGAGUAGCUCGAUCGUGUCCGAGGUUCAGAAGCGGCCGUGCCUGUACGAUACCAACCACAUAAACUACGGCGACCGCGCAGAGAAGAUAAGGAGUUGGGAAGAGGUGUGCGAGAGUGUCGUGCCGGGGUGGCAGGCGCUCGGGCUGACGGAGAAGUUCGCGGCCGGUAGGUUACCUGGCCAGCUAGGGGAGGUCAUGUCGCAGGCGAGCGCGUGCGGCGUUACCGCGCUCUAUCAACCGGUCGGGUUGCAAUUGUCGCGUUCGACUUGCGUGCUCUUUGUUCGGUCGGAUGCUUUCGAAAUGUACCCGGUUCGAAAUAACGUUUGCGCCAACUUACGUACUUCAGUUUGUAUUCAG